GAGGAUGUAGCAAUAAUGAAGGAUAUUGGGCUGAAUGCUUACAGAUUCUCCAUCGCAUGGACCAGAAUAUUACCCACUGGAAAGUUAAGUGGGGGAGUGAACAAGGCAGGCAUCCAAUAUUACAACAACCUCAUCAACGAGCUUCUAUCGCAAGGUAUCCAGCCCUUUGCGACUCUAUUUCACUGGGAUGUUCCCCAAGCUCUAGAAGAUGAAUACGGUGGUUUCUUGAGUCAUCGCAUAGUAAAUGAUUUUCGGGAUUACGCGGAGGUCUGCUAUAGAGAAUUUGGUGAUAGAGUAAAGUUUUGGAUGACCUUGAAUGAGCCAUGGACCUUCACUUGUGGAGGAUAUGUGCAGGGAACUUUCCCUCCUGCCAAGACAGAAAAUGCCGGGACCGAUCCAUAUAUAGUGGCUCAUAACUUGCUCCUUUCUCAUGCAACUGCAGUAGAUGCUUACAACAAGAAUUAUAAGGCAACUCAAAAUGGCCAGAUUGGAAUUACAUUGAACUACUUUUGGAUGAUUCCCUACUCCGACAGCCCAGCUGAUAUCGCGGCUUCUCAGCGAGCUUCUGAUUUCAUGUUUGGAUGGUUUAUGGAGCCAGUCACCACAGGUGAAUAUCCAAAAUGUAUGCAAGAUCUUGUGGGGCCACGGCUGCCGAGGUUCUAUAAGGAGGAGUCUGAAUUGUUAAAAGGAUCAUAUGAUUUCCUGGGAUUAAAUUACUAUACUGCAAAUUAUGCUGAGGAUGCUCUCCUUUCUGGUGGAGGUUUAAGCCCUUAUGACAACCCAAGCUAUUCCACUGAUUCUCAUUGUAUUCAAACAACUGAACGGAAUGGAAUCCUCAUUGGUGUACCGACGGCCUCAGAGUGGCUUUACAUCUAUCCAAAGGGAAUGCGAGACAUUCUAAAAUACAUAAAGGAAACGUACAAUAAUCCCGUUAUUUAUGUAGCAGAGAAUGGCAUUUCAGAUUAUGGCAACCUACCGAUGGAAGAUGCUCUAAAAGAUGAAAAGAGAAAAGAUGCCUUGAGUGAUCAUCUUAAGUACCUUCUCAGUGCCAUGGAUGGGACUUUCUUAUUUAACUCUAAUCCUUGCAGGUCGGGUGUAGAUGUGAAGGGAUUCUUCCUGUGGUCGUUGCUAGACAACUUCGAGUGGGAUUGUGGCUACACUGUUCGUUUCGGUAUCAACUAUGUUGAUUUCAAGGAUGGGUUGAAGAGAUACCCAAAGGACUCUGCUAAUUGGUUUAAGAACUUCCUCAAAAGAGAGUGAACUUU